AUCUGUAACGUGCAUACAUAUAUACAUGUAUAUAUCACACACUGGUUUGAUAGAUAGGAAAGUACGAUAGAUACGAAACUGCUAACGUGGUAGGCACACAGCACGGUAGGAGGCCGAGCGUUAUGCUGGCUUGGUGGAAAAAGCGGUGUUAGUAAGGAAUAUAGUGAACUUCGCUUGACGACAUGAUACUUGUGAAAGAGUAUCAGAAUUCGUGUAAAGUUUAUGAUAAUUAUACGUAGUUAAGCAAAAAUAUGAGUGCUCAAGACAAUUAUAUACACAAGCAUACAUAUAUAAAAUUGUAUGUAAUUAAGAGUACAAUGCUCUGUAUGGUUAUAAAAGUACACAAUGAUACGCGUAUACUCCUUUAAGAGUCUUAUGCUAUCUUCUUGUGUUUACAUACGCGUACAGUUAUAGUGUAUGUGUAUAGGUGUGUAAAAAAAAAAAGAAGCAAGGUGGAGUAUUUGUACCACAAAAAAAGACAUACUGUAGGAGGGUGGGAAGGAGAGCGGGAGUGAGGGAGGGAUAGAGAAUACACGCAUGCAAUCGACGAGAACGUCUUGUCAUGAGAAGUGCGAGUAUAAACAUUAACAUUGAAUUGAACUAACGUAUCGUCAACGAAUGAUUGCAGUGCAUAUAAUUAACAUUGGUUUGACAUUGUUUGCAAUUGACAUUGUAUGAUGCCAUGAAAAAUAAUAUCUUUUUGAGUGGUUCUUCAUUUCUCACUCCGUGUGCGAUCAAUAUUACUCGGUUGUGGUAUACUGAGUCGAUCCAUUGUCUAACAGUGUCACUCAUCAUGGUGAUAAUAUUCAUCAAUCGAACGUAUUAUCAAUUUUAUUACUGCAACAAAUAGCAUUAAUAACAUAGUUAUUGAUUUAUUGUUGGUGAUCGUCAUAGUGAACGACGGUAACGACGACAGUGUAGUGACAGUGGCGACGACGGUGGCGGUGACUGUGACGGCGGCGGCAGCGACAGUGGUGGUAGAAAUAGCUGUGGCGGUGGCGGUCGAAUGGCGGUCGCGGUAGCGAUCGUGAUAGCGAUUGUAGCGACGAUAGAAACGAUAAUAUCAAAGACAGUGAGGAUAGAAACGAACAAUAGUGAUAACCAAAUUCACGAAACAAUGAAUAUGCAUUAUUUGAGGAAAUAUAUAACUCGUAUUAAAAUAACAUGAAAGAUGAAAAAAUAUGCAAAUGAAAUCAGCAAAAGGUAGAGAAAGAAAAAGCAAUCGCGAAUAAUCGUGUUUCGUUCAAAGUGUUUGUAAAGAAUUUUUAAGAAAACGAAUAAAGUGUGAUAAAUGGAAAAUUGAAUAAGAAUAAGAUAUCUUAAUUAUACAAACUCAUUCAAAGUGGCAUAAACUCGUUCAAGAACGAAUUAUCAUGUACAUGGAAGCAACAUUGCAAUGGACAAUAGAUUGCGGAUAAUAGUCAGAUCGUUGAGUUGAAUAUAAUAUUACAGCAAGGGUAAUAGACAUAGAAAAAGACACAUGAACGGGUUAAGCUUGCUCUCGAUUCGCGUGCUAAAAGAGAACGCAUUGGCUAAAAUGAACACUUUAUACUUUUCCUUACUUAGUGCUAUUUUUCUCUUAUAUAUCAGAAAUAUGUGCUAAAUGAACAAUACUUCGAUUAAGAGUGGCAAAGUGAACGCAUGUAAGUUUCUUAUAUUGUGGAUGUAAAUACAUCUGUAUUAUGAAUUGUACAAAAUAGCGUAGUAUGUUACAAGUUGUCUCGAAAAUUUCAUACAACGAUCGAAUCUGUUUUAUUCUCUUGACUCUUUUCAUAUACCAUAAAAAUAAUGGAGACAUUAUUACCCGGCAAUACGAACAAUCAAUCGUAUAGCCCGCAAUUGAAGACCGUCUUAAAGACAUAUCAAUUAUCAGCUGUGAAAAGUUUACAGGGUCCGAGUUCGGCCCUGCUUGGUAUGGACUGCAAAAGUCUAUUACAAGAACAAACACCUUGUUACUCUCCUUCAAACCGGUCGAGUAAUUGUGCCAUUGAUUCAGUAUCAGAGCAGAUUUCAAUAAAAGAUCCUGAAAAGGAUAAUUCAUCUAUAGCACCCAUCAGGCCUUGUAAAAUACGCAGAACGGAUCAACCGCUGGAAGAUUCAGAUGAAGAUCCGCAAUUGGAACGAUCGAAAAACAUUUGCGAAAAGAGAGAAUUAGAAUUUCAAAUACCUAUCUUAACAGCACCUGACCAAAGUUGUUCUGAAAGAUGUGAAACAAUUUUAGAAGGCGAAAGAAUAUCAUGUUUUGUUGUAGGGGGCGAAAGGAGGUUAUGUUUACCACAAAUAUUAAAUACGGUCUUGCAAGAAUUUUCCCUUCAUCAAAUUAAUCAAGUUUGCGAUGAAUUACAAAUUUAUUGCUCACGAUGUACACGAGAUCAGUUAGAGGAACUUAAGCAUUCAGGAAUUCUGCCGCGCAAUGCUCCUUCCUGUGGCCUUAUCACUCAAACAGAUGCUGAAAGACUUGUCAGUGCUUUACUUUUACGGACAGAAUCAUGUGAUCCUUCUCAAAUUGGUCAAACCCAAGAUAAUAUUGAAAAGAAAGUGUGCAAAAAUGAUAAUGAUGAAGAAUCUAUUGUCAAAUUUAAGGUGUAUCAUGAGUGUUUUGGAAAAUGUAAAGGCAUUUUUGAUCCAAGUUUAUUUGAAUCUGAUGAUUCAGUGUGCAUAGAAUGCAUUGAAUGUGGCUGUCAAUUUUCACCUCAACGUUUCGUUAGACAUGCUCAUAGAUCUCUUGAAAAUCGUACCUGUCAUUGGGGCUUUGAUUCUGCAAAUUGGCGAUCAUAUCUAUUACUUUCACGAGAUCAAGAACACUAUAAUAAAUCACUUACUUUAUUUCGAGAAUUGAAAGAAAAACAUCUUAGAUUGAGUUCCAAGCGAAAAUCAGAGCAUGAUUCAGAAAAAUUAAAACGAAUUAAGAAAGAUAUAGGAAGAGAAGAUUGCCCUGCAAUUUAUAAUGGAAAUGGCUUAGGCAUAUAUCAUCCUGUAUCACAAGUAGCUAAUGCAACUGAUCCAUAUCUACAAAUGUCAUGGGCAGUUUUUGAAUUAGCAGCUAGAGGAGCAUCAGCUUUUAGACCAUGGAAUACUACAAAUACAUGCAAGCAUAAAGAUAAUUCAUCAUUAGUGCCUGCAUAUCUUAGUCGUGGUCCACCUGUACUACAACAUCCAGAACAUGUGGUUCCUCUCUCUGAAUGUAAACGUUUUGAACCACAUUUUCAACCAAAUGUAGCCUUAGCACCUAUACCUGCACCAUCUGUGCCUGUAGUACUUCCACCAUCUGCUCAUCAUCAGCGGCGACAUCAUCAUGAACAUAAACGUUAUAAUCAACAUUCAUCAAGUUCUAAUGAGAAGAAAGAAAUUUUAUCAGAUAAUGUCAAAUCUGAGAAAACAUCUCCUAGUUCUGGAUCUAGUAUUGGCGUAUAUUCUGCAUUCCCUUCUUAUGAGUCUGGAAAUAAUCAAAAAGAACUGCCUCAUAAACCUAAACAAGAAAUUGGUGAAGAAGAAGAAAGUAGUGCUGCUGUAACAUCUUCUACAAUAAAUAUAGAACCACCUUUGGCUGAAAUUGGAACUUCUUCGCUAGAAAGUGAUUCUGAUUCUGAAGGAACAGCAGCAAUAGAUUUAGAAGAAAGGUUGUUAGCCUUGGAAGUACCACAAGAUGUUCUGGAGUUAGCACGGCGUAUAGUUUCAGAAAAUGCACAAUUACGACGCCAUCGACGUUCAGACGCACGCGAAAUAUUACGAUUACGUAAUCAAUUGCAAAUGCAACAAAUACAAUCAUCUAAUGAUGGUGAUAAAAAGGAGGAACCAGUGAACGCAGCAAGUGCAGCAGAUAGCACAGAAGGUAGUGAAGAAACAGAAGCUAUAUUGCCAUCAAAUAAUAAAGAGUCUGAACCUGUUGUUCUAGCUGUUAGUAAAGAAUAAAAUUAGUGAUUAGAGUUUUUUAAAUUAUUUAAUACAAAACUGCUCAGCAAUUUUUUGCAAUGCUCAUCUUUUAUCAGAUAAGCAUGCAUUAAAUUUAAUAAUAGCUAUAAUGAUAAUGAUAAAUUCUAAAUAAAUAAAAACUGUUUAGGUUAUGUGAUAAAUAGAAAGCCUUUAACGUUGUAAUCAUUAAUUUGAAAUUUUUAUUGUAAUCAUAUUUCGAUUAUAACGAUUUUAAUUAAAAUCGAAUGUAGAUAUUGUAAUAUAUAGAAAAAUAACAUAAGUUAAUUAAAAUUUAUCAUGCCAUUUAAUAACUAUACUUAAUGGUUUUUAAAUAAGUUUUUGUGUAUAUUAAAUAUGCACACAUCACAAAGAUUUUUAUGAUCAUUUGUUUAAUUGCUAAAUUAAACAGCGAUCAGAAAAUAAGAGAUUAGAUUGCUUUCCAUUUACUUUUUUUUAUAGUUAUGAUUGCAUAAUGUAAAUAUGAUCCAAGUAUCAUAGAUGUAUGUUUAUAUUGAUAAUAUUAUCAUGCAAAAUAUUGCUAAAGUACAAAAAAUCUUUAGGUGCUAUAUUAUUAUAUUAGGAAUGUUCUAAACAGAAAUCUAGGUGUAUUUCAGCAGUUCGUAUUACACCAUAAUAUCAGAAAUCUCGAUUAUAUUUUAGUUAUGGUCUUUAUAGCGUUAAAUAAUGAAAUUUUAUUUUUCGCUAAUAAACUUAAUUUGAGUGAUUAAAAAUAAAAUACGUUAAUUAUUUAUAUAUUUCAAAAUCAUUAAAUUAUAUUUAAAUAAUAUUAUAAUAAAUCAUUGAAAUUUAAUUUAUAUGGAAGAUUAUUAAUUUUUUUAUAUGUUGAAUAUUUUUCGUUAUCAUAUAAUAUGAAAUUAAUUCUAAAUUCUUAAACAUAGAUUCAUUACAUUAUGAAUUGUUAAAUGAAAACGAAUAUUAUUAUAAAAAAAAUAUAUGAAAUCAUGUGAUUAUGUUCUUUUUUUUUUUGGUAUGAAUAUUUAUUUGUGACAUUGUAUCUACAUAUCAUUUUAGUUAAAUAUAAAAUUUAAAAAUUUUGACCCUAUGGGUUUUGGAAAAUUAAAUGUGAUUUAUUAAAAAUAUUUUUACAUGAUCAAAAAUUAAUUUGUAUGAAGAUAAUAUAAUUAAUAUUUAUAGAAAAUUUUGUUUCUAAAAUGAAAUUAUAAGCACAAAUGAUUUUUAUUAAAUGUUAUUUUCAUUUCUGCUCAUUGUAGUGGCAUGUAUAUGCAAUAAUAGAAGCAACACUUUUUUCCAAAUAUCCUUAAAAAAACCAAUACUGAUUUAGAGAUAUACCUAGAUAUAUAUUAUCUAAGCAUGAAAGAACAUGAGUAUGAAAUAUAAAGAUAUAAAAAAUAUA